AAUGUAUUCCAAAUGAUAGCAAGAUUUGUGGACAAUGUUUUAAGCAAAGAAAAGGGCAACACUUUCUUUGAAAAAGUUGAGAUUUUCACUCUGAGAGUUUGGACAUGUUUAGGGACUGUUCUUUACUUAUCAGAGGUGGGGGUUUCUGGGGUAUAAUUUCAUUUUUUCCUUAUUAUUUUGACCCUCCUCGAAGCUACAAAUAUUUUUCCCUGAGCCUCCCUGAGUGACUGGAGGAAAAUGAAUGACUCUCCCUCCACCAUAAUUAGUUAGAAGAUUUUUAAAACUUACCCUUUGAUGUUUGAAAUUUAAAAGCUUAAGACGAAAUCGUGGAGUUGGAAAAAAAACCUUGGUUUUUCACUCUUGUUGUGCAUGCUGGUUAGUUUGUGAAAACGGUUAAGUUUUAUCCAAAUUUUAAAUGAGAUGUAAAGUGAUUUUGAUGAAAUAAGCCUAUCACUUUUUAAUCUCAGAGGUUAUGUUGAUGUGUCCAAGGACCGUCGGAAAUUUGAAAAUCCAACAAUUCCCAUAAUUACAGUCUCUGAUUAUAACUUUGGUGAUUUGUGAAGACAACAUGCUUGCGCCUGGGAGGCAUGUUUUCUUCAAAAUUCCAAAUACAAAAUAAAACCAUUCAAAGUUGUCUGUCCCUCCCUUAAGCUAAAAUAAAUUACAUGUGUCUGUCCUCAGUGCUUUAAAAAUGAUUUGACACGCCUCCCUUUUUUGCACCACCCCCUCCCCCUUCACGAGUUAGGAACAGUCCCUUACAUGAGAAGAAACAUCUUAUUUUGGAACUACUGAUUUUUAAUGUGACAUGCAAAAUGUAAAAUUCUCUGGACGUUUGAAAAAUGUUUUGUACUGUAGCCUAUCGUUACAAUCCAAACAACAAUGAAAUAAAGAGGAAAUGUAACUUUUAUAAAGCUGCACAUGUCAAAAGGCUGCAAAAUGACUACAAGUUCUUGAUGAUUAGUUAAUGUUACAACUUAAUAUGUGGCAGCAGAAACAAGCUUGUGUCCAUUCUUAUUCUAGUGUUGAGGUGAUACUGUCUCACCAACAUGAAGCGCAUACUUCAUAUUUCACAGAGGUGAACUCUGAAUGGCUGUUCAGUGUCCGACAGCAGCGGAUUCCAUUGAAACGUGUGAAAAUGUGAAUUUAAUUCAUAAAUGCGGCCUGCCAUGUCUGGCCCGCGGCCAGGAUUCCGUCUCCUCUCUGUUUUCUCUGGCUCCCAUCCAGGCCCCCCUCCCCCGCCCGUGUUAUCCACCCACGGGAGAGGUGAUUUCUUUCUUUUUUUCCUUCUUUUUUUUUUUUUUUUUAAACCCAUCCUCACUGAGUGGGUCCUGGUUUUGGAGUGGGCUGUGGAUGCGGUUAUUAUGCCCACACUCCUCAGACGGUCCGUGCCGAGCUGUCACGCCUCGCUGCUGCAUGGUCCUGCCCGGUGCCGCGGUGUGUUGUAGCCGAGUUUGAGUCGGAGCCGCUCGGCGUCUCAGACUCCGCCGUCCCCCGGUGUUCCUGUCUUCACUGAGCCAAACCUUCCAGCUGCUCACUGGCGCUUUUUAUCGGCUUCAAAGCCGCCAGUCCCGCCGCCUGUGGGGGGACUUACACAAGUGGGACAACAGACCUGUAAAAGUGCCACUGAAGCUAUCCACAUCGGCUCCCUCCAUUUCUUUAUUUUUUUUCUAUCUUUCUGGAAGUCGUUUUCUGUUCACCGGGAGAACGGAGGAGCCGCAGCACCGGGAACCAUGAGCGGACGCGGGGAAGAGGCCGGGGAGAGCUCUGGCUCCCAGGAGCCCGCAGGGGCCGCGGAGCCCCAGAAGAGGAGGCCGGGGAGACCGAGGAAGCCCCCAAAAGAGCCCAGUGGAGAGCCUGUCCCCAAGCGACCGAGGGGCCGCCCCAAAGGAAGUAAGAACAAGGGCCCUUCCAAGGCAGCUCAGAAGAAAGCCGAGGCAACCGGGGAGAAAAGACCCAGGGGGCGACCCAGGAAAUGGCCACAGCAAGUCGUCCAGAAAAAGCUUGCUCAGGAAGAAGAGGAAGAAGAAGAGGCUGGAGAGUCCCCGGAGGAGGACUAAGCUACCACAUCAUCAAUUCUCUACCUCAUUCAGCUGUCAGGUCUUUCAAAGGGAAAAGACUGCCUUGACCACUUAUUUUUGACUUUUUCCACGUUGUUUUACUUGGUUUAGUUUCAGUCAGAGAAUCUCCAUCUUUGCUUUGUCACUGAAGAGGCAGAAAUGUUCAGUAUAUGUCUGCAUCUUCUGCAUCAUUUCCUUUGAUACAUUUUUACAUAGACCAUACAGAAUGCAGCAACACGAAAAAUAAUCUUUUAUUAAUUGUACUGCUGCCAGCUCUUAUUGGUUGAACAGAUACAAACAAGCAAAAAGUUUAGGUCUAGACAUUCUGCCUAUCAAAACAAAGACAAAUCAGGCAGACAGACAUGUCAUCUGCCGUGUACAACACACUUACACUCAAUGAGAAUCAACUGAAAACAGACAGACAGACAUAAUGAGUAAGUAAAUGUUCGGGUGUUUUUAUCCGAAAUCCUCAGAGCAUCAUUAUCUUCAAAUGAGUGAGAGCAUCAGUAGGGGGUGCAUCAUUCUGAAGACCUCACCAUUGUACUGAGGUGCAAAUCACAUGCACUCAUACUGCUUCAGCAUCUCUCUCUCAUGGACAGACACAAAUUCACACACACACUUUCAUACACCCUGUCGUUGACUGAUUCUCCAGACACUGAUGGCAGAAUAGAGACUGGGACAGUCUGCUUUUGUCAUACAGACAUGUAGAACAACUUCCUGCUGUUCCAAUAUAUCAUUGUUGGCUCUAGAACACACCAACCUGCCCACCCCUCACCCAAACUGGUGUCAGGCCACCAAGCACAGGGAGACACAGAGAACUUCCUCAGGGCAGUGGUUUAUCUAUCAUGUUGGCUAAAAGCUAUUUAGAUUAAAAAAAUGUGCUGAGGUUGUAAGUAUUGGCUCAGAUUUAACUUUAGCAUCAGACUGGAGUCCUCAUACAUCAUCAUCAUCACAAACAAAGGCCAUCCUGUGUGUGCUCUCUCUGAACAGCACCCAAUGCAAAGGUUCAUUAUGAGGGGAACCUACAGUUUGGUCUGGUCUCUUGACAUUUUGAACCUGUUUACACCUGGUAUAACCAUGUAUUUCGAUGAUCUGAGCCAGACUGUUCUCAUGCUCUGUAUGUAUAUCUAUGAAAAGUAAUGCACUACAAUUCAUAUAUAACCCAUGAGCCAGUAAUUUGCGUAAAACCCCGUAAUCUGGAACUGUACUAGCCUAAACCUCAUCUACAUAACUUUACGUUAAGUAUGUAACUUACGUAAGAACGUAACAUGACAAUGACAAUUUGUUAGAUAUCAUUCGAACUGCUGUAUCAGGAUAUGUUGUCUGAACACAAGUGGACAGCCAAGACACAUCACUGUUCGCAUUAACGCCUAUCAAGCAUCUCCAGUUGACCAAUUGUGACUAGAUAUCUUUAAUGCCUGCGGUGUGGUUGCUAGGUUCGGACGUCUCCAGACACCUCUCUGUUGGCUCUGCAAAAUGUAUGCGAGCCUAUGUUACGUACACAAGAAAGUUAGUUAGUUAUUAUGUCCACACUCUUGCUAGCAUGCUCGCUACAUGUGUUAAUGGUUGUGUCGGCUAGAGACACAACAGGGACACGUCCCCUUGCAUACGACAAAACGGUGGACGGUCAACAAACACUUCGUUCAACCUGUAGAAGGAAUUAUAGAGAGACAGAGCACUGUCAUGAAAACAACCACAAUGUCCUGCAAUGAUGAUGUAGUGCUUGUCAGUGACCCAUCAGGACACAUGAGCGUUUACAAUACAAAAGAUAUGUGGUCAAAUGCAUCCCAGACCACUUCUGCAAAUGGUUUGCGUGAUCGGAUCAAUACACGUCUUGGUCAUUUACACUUGUUUUGUGCUGUCCACUUGUGAUCUGAUCACCCAGGACACAUGUUAAUACCAGGUAUAAACCGGCUUGUUGAGUCUUAUUCCCAAGUCUUAAAAUACUGGCGACCUAACUGCCAACCCAAAGCGUCAGUAUUUGUCAACUUGGAAAUAAGACUCAACAAUCAACUACCUUUCUCCAGAAUUACGUAGCCUACCGAACCUUAAAAUGAAAAGACUAAUAAUCAACUAAUAAUCUUCAAAACUUGAGCUAUUACUUGUGGCCUUAAAAUUUUACAUAGCGCAGCUUCAAGUGAUCUAUUAAAUCUAGCGCUAGGUUAUGAUAGCUGGUUCUUUUUAUGGAUCUGAUCCAUAAAGAUAAGCAUUGUUUGAAAAUUACACCCAAACUUUAAUAUUUGGGUUGUGUCCAAGGGACAAAUGAUUUUUUUUUAUUUAGCUGAUUGUCAGAACAUCAAUAAAAUGAUAAAGAGUAGAUGUAGUCCAGCACUGCCUCCGGUAUAUACUUAAAGCUUUAAUUUUGAUGACUUGACCCAGGGUGGUGUCAGAUUUACUUGAACAUCAGAGCACUACAUAAACUCUGCUUUGCUCUCCCUGCUGUUGGUGGACUGACACGCCUCUUAUACUGCUCUACAAAAACCAUAAAACCUCUUCACAUCAUGUCGGUACUCCACUACCAAACAGCUUGACAAUGCAUCAUACUACUGUAUACCAAUUUAUUCAGAUUUACAUUAACACAGCUUCAUUCAGUUUGUUCUUUGCGCAGUAUAGCUUUAAAACCUUGACUCCAUCAAUGAUGUCACACCGCAAAGAAUUUUACAGACUUGCAAAAAAAAACAACAACCUCAAGAACAAAAACCACAAGAACAAACCACACAUUACCUCAUGACACACUUGAUACCUGGAUUUAGUGGCAGCGUGACAUUGGACGACUCAUCACGCACUGUAACUCCAGGGAGCCUUACAUUUAAGGAAACCUGAUAGUAUACCAGCGCUUUCUACUCAGUGAUAUGCAAUAUCCUCUCAUGAUUUCAAACUACCUCUGACUCAGAACAACCAGCUAAUGAACGCUGUUGCUCAGUACAUUCAAACUAAUGCCUGGGGAGACAGUGUGCGUUCAGAUAUUUGUGUUGUUAACUUUAUACUGUACAUUAAAGCGAGGUCAUGCCGGUUGGUUGUUGUCUUGUCAUGGGGGAACGGCAAUUUGUCUGCAACUGUUUUGUUUGAUUCAGUCAGGUAAACCCUACGCAAUCCAGAAAGAAGCAAACGUCAGAUAUGACAGAGCCAUGUGCAUCAACAUUAAAGGAAAAUUCAGCUGUUUUACCACAGCUGCCUUAUUUUUUCACUUGUUACCAUCUUUCCUGUUGGUUAUGACCAUAGACUGUAAAAAAUAAUGAACGUCACCUAUUCAUAGACUCUUGUUUUGAAGCUUUGAGUUUGGCAUUUUGGCUGUCAUCAUCUUGGAAUUUUGGGAGCCAGAAGUGACCAUUACACCAUUUGAAUGAGAAGGUGGAGAUAACCCUAACACAAGCUGUGAGCUUAGUUAGCACGGUGCAUUUACAGCUUUUACCACUGUGAUAAUGGUAAUGCUGAUUUGAGCUAGUGAAAAACAGGCUUAAGACCAUUAAAACAAAACACACUUUCCAAAAAACCAAGUAUAUCUGACUCCAUAGAGUCUUCACUACACUACAAUGCUAACAAAGACUUUUUUAGGUGGCCAAAAUGUUACAGUUACUUUCAUGAACUGAAAACAAAAUGAAAUAGCAACAGCUAAAACUAUGCCUAAAAUCUUGAAUGUGGGGUUAUGCCAUGGUUACUUUACCUUACCAACCUCAUGUUAAGCCGAGAAGCAAAGUCAAGAAUUAGUUGUACAAGAAUCAAGAGUUGAUCACUGAUGCAAGGACCUUAGUUCUUCACCCUGUAGAUGUGGUAACAUUUGUCACUAUUUGUCUAAACAUCUUAAGAGAGUUUUAUGUGAGGAUGUGUUUACUCGAUCACUUGCCUCAACUCUUUUGUAAAGCGCUGCCAGAUCUUAGCAAUGCAAGGUCAAAACCUAUUGGCUAUCCGUCUGAUUACGAUAAGUCUCUGGGGGCGAGAGCUAAUAUUUCAGCUGAUCCAGUGUACCCAGCAGAUAUUAUAACCAAGACUUUCUCUUCCGUGUGGUGGUCUUUUCAGCUAAUCUCUACAAACACAAGAUAAAACAAAAAUAUCUGCAUAUGAAUGCAGAUACAAUUUUAAAAAAGUUGAUAUAAAGCUAAUUUGUCGUCAGAUGAUAGCCUUGGUUCCAAGAUUACAUUUUGGCCAGUGUGCUCUGCCUCUUCACACAGACUGUUUACCUGCUAUUCAGAUGUGAUUGGUCAGUGCUACUCGGACUACAAACAGAAGCAAAAACACUUCUGAUACCAAAAUCUUGUGCAGUCGCUUCAGAUUCUGCAUACGUAUGCGGAUAUCUGUUAAUACAGACUAUCAGUAAUGUUACUGAAUUGUCAUCAUAACCUUCAGUAAUGAUGGUCAAAACUUUAAAAAUAAGACAUAGACUGCUAAAAGAAAACAAAAUGUUUCUUCCAAUUGCAGACUGACUUCAAAGCCUGCAGUCCAUCAAUUUUUAAUGUCCAUAUGUCCAUAAUUUAAAGCCAAGUUUAAAAUAUUACAGUCACACUGAAAGUCAUUUCCCCUUGUUUAAACUUGGGUUGUUUAAAUAUUAAAUAUUAUUGUUAUUCUUGUUGAGCAGGGACAUGUCAUCGUAUCCUCAUCAUUAUAAAUGUAAUAUUUAAUAUAAGUGCAAUCAACACAUUUACAAGUGAAGUUAUUGUUUCAAUGCAGUCUUUUCAGUUUGUCUCCAUCAUCACUGGUGCACUUUGCACUGCCUGGCCUGACAUUUUCUUCUUCAGCGAUUCCUGGAAAAAGCCUUGAUUCAGUGGUCUGUUUUUUUAUACUCUUAAACACAAAAGCAGCUAACAUAUUAAGUACUGUUUUUCUGAUUUACCUUAAUGUUAAUUUGUAUCUAAACAUUGUAAUGAAACAUAUUUAGCAUUAUCUGCAAACUGGGACUUCUGUUUGACAAACUGUUAACUUGAAUUUUUUUUUUUUCCGAUUUACACAAUGGUUUAAUAAGGAUCAAGUGUUUGUACGACACUACAUGAUAUAACUACAAAUGUUUUUUUGUUUUUUUUUGGCUUUGAAUAGUUAGAGUUGUUUUUCCUGAGUUAUGUACUACCUAUAUAUGUACAGUACCUCAAACAGACGUUAAACAUGGACUCAUCAAUUGACAAAUACCUACCUCCAGUCUUGAAAAGGAAUGAUUCUGCUGGUUUACUUUCAGUAUGAGUUACAUUGAUGUAUGAUAUGAUCUAUAUCAGGACUGCAGAAGCUCCUUACUUAAAGUAUUGUAUCAGAUCAUUCAAGUUUCCAAUCUCAGUACAUUUGGAUUCUCACCUUUCAAAGUGACUUUCAGGUUUUGAAACAGAUAUGUUUGGAUUUUUGUAUAUUGUAUUCAUGAAUAUGUUUUCUUGUUUUUAAUUAGUAGAUAUCGAUAUACUUGAUUAGCUGUUUUGUGUACUUCACACAAAUGUGAUUUUCUUUUCUUGUGAUAUGGUUAAACCAGAUGUAUAUGGAACUGCUUUGUACUUAGUGAUGGAUUAUACCAUUUUUCACCUGUCACCAUGGCAACCUUUGAAAAGUUAACAUGGUUUUUUUUAAACUGGCCUGAGGUAGAGCCUCAGAGGAGCUACAGCCCGUCAACCUGCCGUCAGUAUCCAUGUCAAAUAUUGUCACUCGAUUAAGUGGGCGGUAUUAAUGGUUAUCAGCUUCACAGAUAUUUUGUCACUGAUUACACCAAUUUGUGGGUUCAGAAUGUCAUUAUCAGCGCAAUAAUAUUGGCAACUGUCAUUGGGUUUCACUUUCAGUUUUGUUAGUUUUUGGCGCAAAGACAACAUAGUUAGGUUCAGGAAAAAAAAAUCAUGGUAUGGCUGAAAUAAGUACUUUCUUCGGUGUAUGUAACAUGACUUAAGUCACAUACAUCACAUGACGUGCCCCACUGGACAAAUGUCACAUACUUAAACCAAGUCAGCAUUGCUAUUUGAGUUUGACCCAUCCACUACCCUGAUCAACCUCCCUAUGCAGACUGUCUUGCUCUUUAUACUAAUGUUACGUCAGCUGACUACCUUUGUUGUUGCAUAACAGUAAACCAUUUAAUCUGCUGAUAACUGCAUUCUGAACAUGCUGCUAGGUUUGGCAGGACCCAUUCUAAUCCAUACCUAGGAUGCUGAUAACCACCAAUAAAGCUGUAGAAUAAAUAAACCCAACUUUUUCACAUUUGCUGAAAUUGUCACUAAAUUCUGACACUAGUAUAAGAGACAGAUAAUCUGUAAAUCCCAUGUCUCUGCCUCCUCCGAGUACUUGUAAUGGCAUUUGCAAGAAUCCAUUGCAGCUAAACUCAGCUGCUAUGUGGAAAACAGUCAUGCCAAAAUUAGGCACCUGCUGCUGGAAUAAGCUUUCUCAUUUUACAGCUAAAUAGUAUACUAAAAUAUGUUUGUGUAAACAUUUGAGAAAAAGACAAUGCAGUAACAGAGUUGUUUUUUUUUUCACAUUUGAUCAGCGCAGCCUAGUUUGACAGUUUGACUGCAGUUCACGAGCAGUGAUUGACAUGAUUGAUAGCUGCUGCUCCUUGCCUCUGAUUGGUUGUUUUCCUUCAGCCACAUUGGUUUCUAGUAAUUACCAUUAGGAGCACAAGGAGGAGGCCAGGUAAUUCUAAUGUUUUUUUCCAGGUUAUUUGUCUCAUGUACUACUGUCUGGAUAUAGUGACAGUUUCAGCAAAUAUGACAAAGUUACCAACAGUAACUUUAAUCGACUGAUAACAUUCAAACCAGGUGCCUCUAUCAGCAACACCAGUAUGAAACAGUGGCAUCAUUUUAACAGGGGCUGUGGUAAACUCUCACUAACCCAUAACCUGCACAGUGUCUUGGACUAUAAAGCUGCCCUCAAGCUGCAAAGCAACUUGUCACCUUACUGAGUGGCUAAGGAUCAAUAUCUGAAACUCUAAAAAGCAGUAGUAGCUGAAGUAAGACGCUAAGAACAGUCUGAAAGCAAUGAUUGUGUCAGUGUGCAGGAGUUCACAAAAAAAAAACAAUGGAUGCAGGUGUAAUUACAUGCCACUGUUGUGUCUUUAAUUCAAAUGGCACCAUCCAGGUCAAGUUUGGGUUUGAUCGUGUUGACUCAUAUAUCUGAUCUUAAUUUACAAUCGUGCCAGGCUAAAAAUUUACUGCACAUUUAGUGUGAACACACCUUAGUAGUACCAUCGACUUAAUGUUCCCACAAUAGGCCUUUUCCAUGCAAGAUAUUUUCACAUGAUAAGAAAGUACAGGUGUAAAUAAUAAAUUAAUAAUAAAUUAAUAAACUGAAUUGAAAAAUGAAUUCCAUUUAGUUGCUUCAGUUUCAGGGCCCUGGUAUAGUACAUUCUGACUCACUGUCACAUGAUUAUGGUUUCCUAGGACACAUGAAUAGAACUUAGUUAUUACCUCCGCCAAGGAGGAUAUGUAUUUGGUUCGGUUUGUCUGUCUAGGGAAGAUCUCAUUCAAUUUUUGAGCGGAUCCAAAUCAUGGGGCAGAUACACAAGUUCUUUUUUCAAUUUUGUUAACAUUGCAAGAUAAGGCACUUGGCAAUGGCAUAGGUCUUUCCUCCCUGAGUGCUAACUCUCUAUUUUCUUUCUACCAAACUACACCCAUCAACAGCCCUCUUAAAAUAGGAAUUGUACAAAUUUGCAAGAAAGCCCAAUCAGUCUUUUUUCAGCAUUGGCAGUAUAAAAACAAAAUCGGGGAGUGCAGCGAAAUGCCGCCUGCCUACUUUUGUUUAUACAGAAUGUGCCUUUUUCGGGGCAAUGGGGGGCGUGAGCAAGUAACAAAACGUGUAGCUCAGUGCUUUGGUGAUUCUCUCAUAAGUUGGGCAGUCCUUCACCGUUCCUUCAUUUGAUGGUUAAUGGCCUCUCCGUUUGUGAGAGCAAAGAGGGCGCGCAAGUCCCCAGUCUCCCCAGUUGCUCAUCUUUACAGUGUCUUUCAGGUUUCUUGCUACUAGCUGCUCAUUCCUGCCAUCAGCUGUUUCCUGUUAGUCCACCCUCAGUGGGUCGCACAUCAUCAACAGCUCCUCCCACAAGUCAUCAACAGCCCCUCCCGUGGCAGAAGGGCGCCUUGUUCUAUUUAAACCAAAAAGGUUCCGCCAAUAUGUUUACCCCUAUGUGGCAGAAAAUUGGGCACCUUGGAUCAACUCGCCAAUCCGGCUCUGUGUGUCUAAACGCUCGCAGCUUGCCUGCAAAACGUCCCAACAUUUGCCAAAAAUCUGUCAGUGUAAAAGGGGUGAAUGGUAUCAUUGCACAAGAAGGGUGCAUCUACUCAUGGACAAGAGGCUGGUGACAGUUGGUGUUUCUCAAAGUCAAGGAUGCUUCCUUGGAAGGACGGGUCCUUCAAAGUCGGGUUCUACAGAGGCUAGACUCCUUUACUAGUAUUCGGUGAACACACAUUGGAACAGGCUAGCGAGGGACUAGCUGUGCAUCAUUAAAGACGCCUUGCCCUCAAUUCUGGCAAAUUGUGCGCAAAGAAUUGUGAGUACUCAGAGUACCACUGAGUACACACAUAAAUACUUGAAAAAUCUCUGAAGGAAGGACUCUGUCCUCAGUAGAAUUCAAAGGAUCCUUGACAUUGGAACAGUCCUUCGGCAGGAUUCGAUGACAGCCUCCUUGACUUUGAGAAGCACCAAGUGUGGUGUCCUCCUUGUAAAUUUGCAUUUGCAUGGGCAGCCCUACUCUGCCUUACUUUGCCUCUGAUUGGCUUAAACUGAUAUUCUUACCCUAACCCUAAGCAGUCUCACUCCUCUUGCCUAAACCUAACCUAUCCAGCCAACAAAGGCAACAAGUACUAGCCUAAUAGAAGGAGAGUAGAGUGGGUCAUGCCUUCGCUGUCCCAGGAAAUGCGAAUUUGGGUCCUUCUCGUCUGAGCUGUAAUGUUAGCUAGCACAGUGGUGCUCGGUAAGCUAGCAGCAGAAGCACACUGCCUUCUGCGCAGCGAUGCGAUUGGUGGGUGUAGAAGAAAGAAAAUAGUUCCUACAAGAACUGGUAUUUAUCAUACGCAGACACUGUGCAGGUAAUGCUGUUUCUAAUCAUCCAGUCAGUCCUAACAGAGAGAACCACAAGCUGCUGUUAAAUGAGCUGGCUAAGAAAAUACUGUGUGAACCUGUUGACGCAGGCUGAUCAGUAGCUUUGAACGAAUGGCUUUGAAACAGACAGGCUUCAUCAUUUAACACGACACCAUCCAUCAGUCACAUAGACCCCAUGUAGACCUGGUGUUACCAUGUGAUCUGUAUCCAUCUGGAUAAGGAAAAAGGCUACUGUAUCACAUGUUAACACCAGGUGUAUAUGGGAUCUAAGUGACACCACUGAGCUCAACAAGCUCCAAGUUUGGAGCUUUUGAAGUUUGUCAUUUCCUCCAGUGAUGUAGACUUGAGCUCAGUAGAAUCUAAAACAGCAGCUAAUGUUGUGUGGAGGUGAUGUUACCUUGCUGUUGGGCAGAAUGAUUGUAGAAGCCACUGUUGAUGAGCUUUCAGCUCUGGGAGUCUUAAUGAAGUUGAUCUCUUCUCUUCAUGAUAUCAUGUUCUAGUACAAUCGAAUACACAUCACUACCUCCAGAAAGGCCUACUUUUACCUCAUUUUCAAACUUAAAUACUGUUUAAAAUUCAGGUGUCCGAGAGCAUAUGGAGAACAUUUUAAAAUUUUAUAUAUAUAUAGUUUAUUUUUGUGGGGGAUGAAUUUUAUAAGACUGUUUUUCUCUGCCUCUCAGUCACCAUUAGGUAAGACUGGACAUGUAACCUUUGGAAAAGAUUUUUUCUUACUUUAUGCAAUGUUUUGUAGUUAGCUGUGAGGGAAGUGGAGAGAUUUCCCAGCUCUCCCUCUGCCUUGCUCCUUCUGUGUCAUUUCAAAUGUCUUCUACAGUAUCUAACUUUUAUUGCUUUCUCUAUCCACGUAGUAUUACCGUCUUUUAUUUCACUACAAAUUUUGCUUGCUUGCUAAACAAAGCCUUUAUAGAUAUUCACUGCGUUUUAUCCAGCACAAUAAAAAGUAUGGCAUCCAUAACAUA